AUGUACGUACGAGCCAUGGAAGAAGACAAGGUACUCUGCACUAAUGCGCAGAAGAAUCUUGACCGCGAUGCUUUUAACAGCGGCCAACUCCACCAUAAGUCUGAGAAAGCGCCAUUGUAUGUCAUGAACACAGUGCGUAGUGUCAUUUCAGAUCAUUUUGAGUGCGAAAAAGCUGAGGGAGAAACCUGGCCGGCGAAGUAG